UGAAUUGAUGACGUUUCAAUUUAUAUUGAGGUUAUGUUAAAUUGUCAAAAUAAUUAAUUUAUUAAGAAAAUCGUAAAAUACAUUAUUAAUUAACAUUUGACGUUUUAAUUUAUAUUGAGGUUAUGUUAAACCGUCAUAAACAUUGAUUGUAAAAUAUCUCGUUAAAAUGAGUAGUAAACCAUAUAGAAGGCGUUCAAGAUCACCAAUUUCUUCCUUAAGACGUUCUAAAGAGCAUAAAAGAUCGAGAUCUAGAUCAGGUACAAGGCAUCGAGAUGAAAAAUAUUCAGAACAUAACCUCUAUAAAAGUAGAGAGAAUGGUUUCGAUCGAAAAUUCAAGUAUCAUUCGAAAUCGCAAGAAGAGGAGUUUAUGGAGGCGCGUAGACAAGAAAGGGAAUUAAUUGGGGUACAAGAUUGUCCUCAUAUUUGGGGGAAAAGUCCUACAAUGGAAGAAAUAAAAACGAGUUCAUCGGGGAGUGAAUCUGAUGAUAAAGAAAUAAUUAGAGAGAAAAAGGAAAAGAAAAAGCGGAAAAAAGAGAAAAGUAAGAAAAAUAAAAAGGAGAAGAAACGAAAAAAAGAUAAAAAGAAAAAGAAAAAAGUGUCUUCCUCCAGUUCUAGUGAUGAUAACCAAGAAGACGAAUGGGUUGAAAAAGAUUUAAACAAAAUUAAAACCAAAAAAACAUCAGACGAUGAAGACGACGCAAUCGGACCAGAACAAAAACCUUUAACAACUUUAUCACAUAAAGAAAUGGGGAAGGCUUUAUUACCUGGAGAAGGAGCAGCUAUGGCUGCUUAUGUAGCAGAAGGAAAAAGAAUCCCAAGAAGAGGAGAAAUUGGGUUAACCUCCGAUCAAAUAGCCUCGUACGAAUCGGUUGGAUAUGUUAUGUCCGGCUCAAGACAUCGAAGAAUGGAAGCUGUGCGAAUAAGAAAAGAAAAUCAAAUCUAUUCCGCCGAUGAAAAACGCGCUUUGGCUAUGUUUAGUAAAGAGGAAAGAAGCAAAAGAGAAAAUCUUAUUUUAGGACAAUUUAAGGAAAUGGUUAAAUCGAAAUUAGGCGAAAAAAAGGAUUAGGUUUUAAUUAUUUUAUUACAAUAAUUAUGUAUGAUAAGUUUUUUAACGUCAUUUCUAAUUAAUUUACUAAAAAAUAAAAAAAUUUAAUUUUGACGUUUUACAUAACCUCAAAAAAACGAUUUAGUCCCAAUUGUAAGCAAAAAUCUUGAUGAUUGGAGAUUGCUUAUUUAUAAAUGAUUCCAUUUUUUAAUUAUGUAACGGAUUAGCUCAUUAAUAAAAAGAUUUUAUUUAUUUAAAUUAAUGUUGGGUGUAAAUUCUUGUAAGGUGGCGACAUCUCUUAGCUUCUAACGUAGAGGUAUUAACGCAAAAUUAUUUAAAAUA